AAAUGAUAGUCUACAUGGCUGCUGUGUGCUAACACAAGAGAAGUAAAAUCAGGGGGACGUGGUUGUGUUUCAAGAGCUCCGGUCCUAGCAGCGCCAUCCAUGCAGGUGUGCAGUCCCAAUAUGACGAAGAGUACCGGUGCUGUGUGCCAGCUGAAGCAGCUUCCCUGCCACAGUGUCUCUCUUCAUCGCCUUCAAGGCAGUGGGCAUCACACACACCUCACCCGCCAGACUUGUGGCAACCACACUGCUCCAACUGUUGGUUCCAGCCUGGCUGUGGAUGUCAAACACGGGGCCAAUGGAGCUAUAGUUGGCAGGUCUGGCAGCCUGGAUUGUUCUGCAUCCAGGCUGGGCGCAGCCUCCAGCAGUCCUGGAAAGGUGCUGGUGACAGGAGGAGGAGGGUACUUUGGCUUCCGCCUGGGAAGAGUGCUGGCCAGUCAGGGAAUGUCAGUGAUCCUCCUGGACAUGCACAAACUACCCUGGGAUGUCCCAGAAGGCGCCACAUUCUACCAGAGUGACAUCCGAGACUUUGCUUCCCUGUACAAAGUGUGUGAAGGCGUGGACUGUAUAUUCCACACAGCAUCUUACGGCAUGUCUGGUCCAGAACAGCUGAGAAAAGAGCAGGUGGAGUCAAUCAAUGUUGGUGGGACCAAUAACGUUAUAAAAGUGUGUAAGGAGAGGGGUAUCCCCAGGCUAGUGUAUACCAGCACCAUCAAUGUGGUGUUUGCUGGAAAACCCAUCCAGGAUGGUGACGAGAAUUCUGUGCCACAUGUUCCCCUUGACAAGCACAUUGACCACUACUCCAGAACUAAAGCCAUUGCAGAGCUGUCGGUCCUUUCAGCGAAUGGAUUCUCCCUCAAAGGUGGAGGCCUGUUGAGGACGUGCGUCCUGCGGCCCUGUGGGAUCUACGGCCCGGAGGAGCGACGACACCUCCACAGAGUGAUGGUGAACGUGGAGCGUCGUUUCUUCAGUUUCAGGUUUGGUGACCCCCAGGCCCAGAUGAACUGGGUCCAUGUGGACAACCUGGUUAUGGCUCACACGCUGGCAGCUGAAGCUCUGACGCCGAAGAGAAACUGCAUCGCAAGCGGACAAGCUUAUUUCAUUAACGAUGGACAGUCAGUCAAUCUGUUUGAGUGGCUCACACCGCUGUUUGAAAAGCUGGGUUACCGCCAACCUUUAAUAAACCUGCCUUUUUCUCUCGUCUAUUCAGCAGCUAUACUGGUGGAGUAUCUGCACUUAUUUCUCAGACCUGUUAUAGAAGUGCCUCUCCUUUUUACAAGAAACGAGGUGAGGAACAUCGCUGUGAGUCACACCUUCAAGAUUGAUAAAGCCCGCCGACAGCUCGGUUACUGUCCAAAGGCCUACACCCUGACAGACUCUGUGGACCAGUACCUGAGGUCGAGACUGCCGCACUCUACGGUGCCGCUUCUGAAGCUGCCUUGGGCUCCUCAGCUACCUCGACACCUCAUCCUCCUGCCGCUGCUGAUGUGUCUGAGCCUUGUGUUUCUGAUCAUAGGGAUACAUAUAAAUUAGAGACGACAUGCCAGUGAAAUGAUACGUGAUCUGUGCCGCCAUCUUGUGAGGGACUAAAGGAGCAAUCUUGUAAAUUAUGUGGUAUUGAGUUGCACAAAACCACAUUAAUAAGACAUAUUAAGUGGUAAAAUCCAUCAGUUCAGGCAAUGAUAUCACAUACCUUUUUACAUAUUUGGUUUAAUUUUGUGUUAACUGUAGAAUGUGUUCAGUCUCUAGUUGUUAUUUUACAAGAUGGAGUGUUUUC